CUCACUUCCCUUUCUUCCCCUCUCCCCCCCCUUCCUCUUUUCCUCCUUGUUUCUUCUGCACGUUCCACGAGGUUGACAUCAGUCCUGCUGCUUCUCUCCACUUGGUGGCAAAGAUGACUCCCAACAGCUUUGAGUAUUCUUGGAUUUUAGAAGAGAGACACCCCUCUCUUCCAGCAUCCAUAACAGCCCUCUAGAGGGACUCUUACUGGUCCUUUUUGGAUCAUACAUCCAGACUUACUGGAUGUGGGAGACGUAGUUUCCAAAGGAAAAAAAAAAAAGGGCUCUAGUCUAGAAGAAAGACACUGAAAGCUGAGGAGGCUAAAACAAUAGCCCUGCCAUCACUUGGAUACAUGCACAAAAUCAUCCAGAAAAAUACACAGACAGGAUUGUCCAUGCAAGGGCUCACCAGCCUUUGCAGCUCACCUGUGGAUCGCAGUGGAGAAUCAGCUCCUGGUUUUGUUAAAGUUUGAAUUACAUUCGAGGAAACAAAUUAUCAGUUCUUACCAUUAUUGCAGUUAAACAGUAAUUGAUUUAUAUUGCUAGAAGGUAUAUGUCAUGUAACCUGAUAUCUUCAUUUUACAGAUGGGGAAACUGAGGCCCAGUCGGAAGCAACUGAUCCAGGCGUAGACGACAAGGAGAAAGAGGCCAGAGAGCUUACACACCUCACCCAGCGUCGCCCAGAUGGUACGCGGUGGAGCCAGGCUUCGCACCCAGCGCUCAGCAAGCCCUCUGCUUCAGGCCCCAGGUCAGGAGCUCAUCCAGAAUCCACAUUACGUCUGGUUGUCAUGUCCCUGUCGGCUCCACUUGACUCAUCUAGAGGCCCAGUGGCCCACAUACAAUAUGGAAUGGGCAACAAGACUGACCAUGCCAGCUGCCUUUUAAAAGUAAACGCCAGUUAAGAAAAAAAUCGCCUUUCCAAAGAAAUAGUACGGCAAAAGGGGGAGUAAUGGAACGCCAUCUUCCUUCAGAAGAAAACAAUUGCUCUUAUCAGACUCCUUCCACUUAAGGGAUAACACAGGAGGAGCAGCAGGCCAAGGCCUUCUCAGAGAACCGAGAAUUCAGAGGACGUUGUCCAGACAAGGUCAGCAUUCAAGAUCCAUCAAACUGAACUGGACUUGAAUCAGACUUUCCUGGUGUGGCUUAUUCCGGUGGUUUUUGUGUUCGGGGCUUAGUGGAGUGAAUCAGAAGCUUUCAGGAAAAGACUCUUUCCACUAAGGCAACUCAUUUGUCUCAGGAUUUUCCCCAGAGACCCAGGGACAGAUAUUCCUCAUGUUGAAAUCACUACAGCAGUCUUCUCCACAGGCAGAGGCUGGACCGAGGCCUUCUGUACAUUAUCUCAAUUGUUGGAGCAUCCCUAAUAUGUUCCAUUUUACAGACUCAAAAGCAUUUUUAAUGAGUGGAGUAUGGCGAUGCCUUGCCAGCGUGUCUGCAGAUGACUCAAUCUGUGUGCACACACCCAAAUGCACACACGGUUUGCAAAGGGAAACCAUGGAGCUCCACAAAUUGGAGAAGUCGGUUGGAAUAUUAAGCCCAGGAGUUGCUUUGGGGACGGCUGCAAGGGCAAUGUCUUCCAAGUUCUUCCUAAUGGCUUUGGCCAUAUUUAUCUCCUUCGCCCAGGUCGUAAUAGAAGGCAAUUCUUGGUGGUCGCUAGGUAUGAAUAACCCUGUUCAGAUGUCAGAAGUAUAUAUCAUAGGAGCACAGCCUCUGUGCAGCCAACUGGCAGGACUUUCUCAAGGACAGAAGAAACUAUGCCACUUGUAUCAGGACCACAUGCAGUACAUCGGAGAGGGCGCAAAGACAGGCAUCAAAGAAUGCCAGUAUCAGUUCCGACACCGGAGGUGGAACUGCAGCACCGUGGAUAACACCUCAGUCUUCGGCAGGGUCAUGCAGAUAGGCAGCCGCGAGACGGCCUUCACGUACGCCGUGAGCGCCGCGGGGGUGGUCAACGCCAUGAGCCGCGCCUGCCGCGAGGGCGAGCUGUCCACCUGUGGCUGCAGCCGCGCCGCGCGCCCCAAGGACCUGCCGCGGGACUGGCUGUGGGGCGGCUGCGGCGACAACAUCGACUACGGCUACCGCUUCGCCAAGGAGUUCGUGGACGCGCGCGAGCGGGAGCGCAUCCACGCCAAGGGCUCCUACGAGAGCGCGCGCAUCCUCAUGAACCUGCACAACAACGAGGCCGGCCGCAGGACGGUGUACAACCUGGCGGACGUGGCCUGCAAGUGCCACGGGGUGUCAGGCUCGUGCAGCCUCAAGACGUGCUGGCUGCAGUUGGCCGACUUCCGCAAGGUGGGCGACGCCCUGAAGGAGAAGUACGACAGCGCAGCGGCCAUGCGGCUCAACAGCCGGGGCAAGCUGGUGCAGGUCAACAGCCGCUUCAACUCGCCCACCACGCAGGACCUGGUCUACAUCGACCCCAGCCCCGACUACUGCGUGCGCAACGAGAGCACCGGCUCGCUGGGCACACAGGGCCGCCUGUGCAACAAGACGUCCGAGGGCAUGGACGGCUGUGAGCUCAUGUGCUGCGGCCGCGGCUACGACCAGUUUAAGACGGUGCAGACCGAGCGCUGCCACUGCAAGUUCCACUGGUGCUGCUACGUCAAGUGCAAGAAGUGCACGGAGAUCGUGGACCAGUUCGUGUGCAAGUAGUGGGCACCCCGCCGCCCGCCUGUCACCCAGCCCCACUCCCAGGACCCACUUAUUUAUAGAAAGUACAGUGAUUCUGUUGUUGUUGUUGUUGUCUUUAAUACUGUUUAUUUUUUGUCCCCAAGAAUUGCAACCGGAACCAUUUUUUUUUUCCUGUUCCCAUCUGAGAACUCUGUGGUUUAUUAUUAAUAUUAUAAUUAUUAUUUGGCAAAAAGGGGGGGGUGGGAACCAAGAAAAUAUUUAUUUUGUGGAUCAUUGAAAAGUAAGACAAGACUUCUUUUGCUGGUAUAUAGGAUGAGGGGGGAAUAACGCACACCUUAAGUUGGAUGUGUGCACAUCUGGAAGGUCAAGGAAACACUGUUUUCUUUGUCUCAACUAUGGGGUCAUAUGGGACAGGUAGCGUCCAGCUGCAAGAGGGUGGUACAGAUCUAUGCGUGAUUUAGCUCCUGUGACUAAAAGGAAUUCGGCGCUCUGGUGAAAGUUGAAAGGUCUUGAGAAGAAAACAAAACAAUGAGACACACACACACACACACCCGCCCCUUUCCCAGGGGCUGCCAGCCUGAAACAUUUCCAAAAUGGUAUUUAAAGUCUAAGAGCAAAAAUCUCAUAUCCCUUAAAGAAAAAAGGUUUAUCAUGUGUCGCACUGUUCUCAAACAUUCCAUCUACAGAUGGUCCAUUCUACUAGCUACUGAAACUUGGGGAGCAGGGAGGGAAGCCCCAGAAAUUAAAAAAAAAGAGAAAACUUAAAAACUCCUUAUAUUAAGUCAGUGAUUUUACGCUGUUGUGGGAAUUAGGUUAUCCACUUGGAAAAGGAUCCCCGAGCGAUUCUGGGUACUAGAAUUUUUGUUUGGAGAAGGGCAAGGGAGGUUGACUUGACUGUAAAGGAAAAUAUACUGUAAUUUUCUUAGGGAUACUUGGUUAAUAAAUGAUAACAAUGAAAAUAAUAAAUGAAUUCCAUUCACAGAUCCUCAGCCCGAGCUACAAGGUAAUUGCGUGCAGUUCAGCACUGCACCAGAGCAGAAAACCUAUUUGAGGGGGAAACGUGACAUCCGCCCUCCCUACUUGACCCCGCGCCCUAUCCGAUUCCUCCAUGCCUUGUUGCGCUGUGACACCGGCACGUUUCCAAACGGCAGCUCCACUGCGUCCCCUCUGAUAGUAGGACAGGAAAUGAAACAUAGGAGCUCCGUUGGGAAACAGUUUGCUACUUAGGGAUUUUGUUUUUCCCCUAUAACUUUUAUUUUGAGGAGCAGUAGUUUUCUGUGUUUUAAUGACAUUACUUGGCGAAUGAACUUCACAGAGGUGUGGCAGCGUUUCCUGUGUUUAGACUCUCCACUCACGCUUUCCUAUUACCCUGCAGGUGUACCCCAGAACUGUUCCUAGAGGACUUGAACAGUUGCAUUUAUAAGGGGGGAAAUGUGGUUUAAUGGUGCCUGAUAUCUCAGUCUCUUGUACAUAACAUACAUAUAUAUAUAUAUAUAUAUAUAUAUAUAUACACACAUAUAUAUAUAUAAAUAUAGAUAUAAUUAUAUCUCAGUGCAGCCAGUGAUUUAGAUUUACAGUUUACUCGGGUCUAGAGCCUUGUUGUCCUCCAUUGCAAUCCAAUUGGGAUUUUUCCAGACGGUUUCUGAGUUGAGCUGGGGCUGUGGCCUUGAUGCCGUCACGCCCUGAGCAUCACGGAACAGCCUUGUUUCUGAGGAAUCCGGAAGGUCUUAUACUCAUGUGCAUUGUUGGUUUGAAGAUUUCUUUUAUCUUCCCUGCCCCAUCCUCCUUUUCUGUACCCUUUCUGGAGAGGGCAUUACUUAUUCAUCACAGACGUGGGAAUGAAGAGAUAUUCAACACUCGGAAGCAUUGUCGGCAUUUCUCUUUCCUUCAUGCAUUUUGCAGAGUGGAAACUGGAGCUCAUUAGACCUGAUAGUACCUAUUUGAGUCCCUAAGGAAAAUCCAGCUCACAACAUAUAUAGCUAGUUUAAAAAAAUUUUUAAACCAGGACACCUCUUUCCAAAGAGUGCCAUCAAAUGUGUUCUUAUCUCAGACUUCUGUUGUUUUAAAAGUUUGGAAAGAUACACAUCUCCUGCAGCCCUCGUGGGAACGGGUGGCCCUCAGAUCACCUCAGCCACCUGUGGCUCUUGUUGCACAAGGAUAUUCACUCCCCUGCAGUUGCAGUGAAUUGCAAGCAAAAGAUCUUGAAAGUAAGAAGCACUAAUUAGUUUAAAAUGUCACUUUUUUGGUUUUUAUUAUACAAAAACCAUGAAGUAAGUUCCUUUUAUUUGCUAAACCAGAUUUUGUUCCUUUUUAGUGAUUCAUGUUUAUGAAGAGAGUUGAGUUUAACAAUCCUAGUUUUUAAAGGAAACUAUUUAAUGUAAAAUAUUCUACUUGUCAUUCAGAUAUUAUGUAUAUCUUCUAUGGCCUUUAUUCUAUACUUUUCAUGUACAUAUUUCUGUCUCGUGUGAUUUGUAUAUUUCACUGGUUCAAAAAACAAACAGACAUCGAAAGGCUUAUGCCAAAUGGAAGAUAGAAUAUAAAAUAAAACGUUACUUGGA